AAAAAGGGGUUAGGACUUAGAGUGAUGGAGUGGCAUGAAAGCAUUCGCAUCCACGGAGCGUGAAAUCCAACGUGCUUGACUCUGCGUGCAGAGAGUGUCCAAAACAAAACCCCAAAAAUUUGAAAUAACACUCUCAGUCUCACGCAUUCUUCUUCGUCUCCCACUCCACCACUUCGUAACUCCCCAACCUCACCACCAACCUACGCGCCGAGAUCUAAACCACCGAACAUUCUCGAACCCUCCCAGAUCGAACAAGUUCGUGGGCGAGAGUGAUGGGGGAUGAGAAAGGUGAGAAGAAAGAAACUAGUCCCAGUGCCAGUGCCAGUGCCGGGAACGAUAAGAAGAACGAGAAAAAGAAGAAAGGUUUUAUUUCGCGAAUUUGGAACGCGAUAUUCAGGUCCAACCGCGACGAUUUUGAGAAGAGGCUUCAGUAUAUUUCCAAAGAGGAAAACGCGGUUGUGACUAGAAUGAGCAAUAGAUCUCGCUCUUGGAGGCGAACCUCUCGCCAACUUAUUCUAUUCUCUGUUUUAUUUGAGGUCAUUGCUGUAGGAUAUGCUAUUAUGACAACAAGAUCAAUGGAUAUGAAUUGGAAAAUGAGGGCAAUCCGAGUUUUGCCAAUGUUUCUUUUGCCUGCCUUGUCAUCAGCUACAUAUACUGCAUUUGUCAGCUUCACCAGGAUGUGUGAUCGCAGGGACCAGAAAAUUCUUGAAAGUCUUAGAGCUGAAAGGAAGGCAAAAAUUGAUGAGCUCAAAGAGAAGACAAAUUAUUACAUUACUCAACAACUCAUUCAGAGAUAUGAUACAGAUCCUGCAGCCAAGGCAGCUGCUGCAACUGCUUUAGCAUCCAAGUUGGGUGCAGAUUCAGGUUUGAAAGUGUAUGUGGGGGAUGAAUCUUCUGGUGCUUCAACAGGGAAGACCAAGGAUGUUGAAGUUGUUCAGUCUAGUGGGCUUCGAAAUCGCAAACAAGUCACUUCUAGAUCCACUAGUUCAGGGACAACUACACCAAAUUAUUCUGAUCAACAAUUUGUUGGUUCUGGGAAAAUUGAUCAAACCCAAACUCCUGAGCAUAAUCAGCUUGUAGUUGUUGAACAUCACAAUCCUCAAAGUUCAACAAUGAAUGAUGGAGGAUGGAUUGCUCGAAUUGCAGCAUUGCUUGUGGGUGAGGAUCCAACACAGUCUUAUGCGCUCGUAUGCGGUAACUGCCGCAUGCAUAAUGGUCUUGCUCGGAAGGAGGAUUUCCCAUUUAUUACUUAUUACUGCCCACAUUGUCACGCCCUGAACAAACCAAAGCAAUCGGAUGAGCGUACAUCUGGUUUAAAUUCCCAAAACACUCAGUCUCCUAAAGCAGAUGACAGGGAAGAAGUUAAAAAUGCUAGUGAUUCUGAAUCCGAGAGUGUAAUAAGAAGCGAUAAUCCCGUAAAUACUAGCCCUGAGAUUGAGGAAGUUUCUGAACCGGCUAUUUCAGUGGAGAAAAACUAGUUAAAAGACAGUAGCCUCUUUUGGGGAUGGACUGUUUAGAUGACAUGUCUUGCCCCUUGUUUCAGGUCACAGACGACCAACUAUAAGGAAACCAACUUUGUAGUUAGAGUCCUUAUUGCUGUUGUAACAGGAAGAGUUUUGAUAUAUUAUUUUGGAACUUGCGAUUUAUAAAUUAUAACACAUAAAUUACAUGGCUUGCUUAUGAAUUAAGGCAAUUUUGGGAUUUCCAUAUAAUUUUUCCUUUUUUUGUUGUCGGGAUAGUCUUAGUUCAAAAAUGAGAUUUGGUUUAAACUUUGAAUGUUGUUGCAACUUGCAAGGGUUGUGUUUACAUCUGGUCAAUGUAAAUUUUGUUGAAACUA